UCAGCACUUCACAUUUUCCAGCCUGAGUUUGUUUUUCCUUUUUCCUCAGUUUCAAAUCCCCCAUUCUCCUCCCUUAAAACCUCCCCCUCAUCGUUCUCCUCCGCCUCCGCCUCCGCCUCCCCCCUCCCUCGCCGCCGCCGCGCGGGACCCUUCCCAUGGCAAAGCUCCCGCCUCUACCCUCCCCGCUCGCCGCGCUCCCGCUCCUGUGCCUCCUCCUGCUCUCCGCGCCUCUGCCAUCGCUCUCCCGCGACGCGCCCAGGGACGCCAUCUCCGGCGCCGUCCGCGCCGGCAGUACGAUACACCAGCUCCUGAAGGAUCACGGCCUCCCCGGCGGCCUGCUCCCGCGGGGCGUGCAGUCGUACACCCUGGACGAGUCCAACGGCCUUCUGCAGGCGCGGCUGUCGGCGCCGUGCUACGCCAAGUACGACAACGGCGACCUCGCCUACUUCGACACCAUGGUGCGCGGCAACCUCAGCAAGGGCGCGCUCCGCGGUGUGGAGGGCCUCGCGCAGGAGGAGCUCUUCGUGUGGCUCCCCGUCAAGGGCAUCCUCGUCGCGGGCGAGCAGCCCGGGGUCAUCGUCUUCGACAUCGGGUACGCGCACAAGAGCCUCUCGAGGUCGCUCUUCGAGGACCCACCGGACUGCAAGCCGUCGGCCGCCGCCGGGAUGGCCGCCGCCGCCGCCGCCAGGUGGAAGGAUAGGCAAGGUGUUCCUCACCUGAGGUUGAAGAGAGAAGUAGCAGGAGACCGCCAGCAGCGCCAGGAGCAGAGGUGAGGAGUGAGUGUGUGCUGCCUGAGAGAGACAAGAACACCCUAGAAUGCCGAGCCAGUUUUCCCCUUUGUAAAAUCCUGUGGUGAGUGAGAGAGAGUGCUGCUGCUGCAACAAAAACAACUGCAACUACCUGCAGAGGUUGGAAUGUAUCUACUAAGGCAGAUGUGGGUACUUUUUGCAGUUCUUUUCUCGUUUCCUUUUUUGACCUCUCCUCUUGUCCAUGCACCUGUGUGAUAUUAAGUUUGUCAGUCAUGUGUUGCAAGCAAGGGGGGAAAAAGAACAAGGAAAAAAAAUAGUAGGCUGAGAAGCCAAUUGGGGGCUGGUCUUGUGUGUGGUCUUUGAGAUUCCUCUCCUUCCCCAAGGGAGAAUGAAAUUCUUUGGUGAGUUGGUAGUGUGUGUGCCAGCUCAGCAGGGAGUGAGCUGGGCACAGCCCAUCCUCCAUGUGAGCUUGUGUUGGCUGGUGGUUGGUUGAGUGCUCCUUGUGCUUCUCCUCCCCCUGGAUGGAUGAGUACAUACACAAUCAUACAAUAUAUACUCCUACAAUGAUUCAUUCAGGUAGGUUAGGUUUAGGCCAUAGGGCUUGCAUCAUUUCAUACAUAAUAUAUAUGUAUAUAUAAAGCAUCA